AUGUUUACCAAGCACACUCUUCCGGCGGCAAGCCUAUGGCUCUCGCUCACUCUUUCCACCUUCGCCGCCAUACACGAGCAAUUGGCCACCAUCCCUCUUGGAUGGAAGCAAGUUGGGGCUCCCGCUGAAAACGAUACCAUGAUCCUGCAGAUUGCCUUGGCACAACAAAAUCUCGAUCAAUUGGACGCCAAAAUCAUGGCUGUCUCCACCCCUGGCAGUGCUUCUUACGGGCAAUAUAUGGACGGCGAUGCUGUCGCUGCUAUGCUCGCGCCAUCAGCUGAUGCGAGUCCUGCGGUCUUGGCUUGGCUGAAAGGGGCUGGUGUCACCAACGCAUACAGUGAUGGCGCAAAUGUGAACUUCUCAACUACAGUCAACCUGGCGAAUAGUCUUCUUAGCACCACAUUCAGUUACUAUGAAAAUGCCGGCAUUCAGAAGCUGCGAACGAUCGGAUACUCCGUUCCGGACGACCUCCAGACUCACAUCGAUCUCAUCACGCCUACUACGUACUUCGGAAAAACAGUACCUCAGAUUCCAGUACCAAAAAUGGUUCCCCGGGUGGGGAAACUUUCUCCCCGCUACUUCAAUGGUAGCACCAAUAGUACCACCAAUGACACUAUCGAUGCUAGCUGUGUUACUUUGAUCACGCCAACCUGUCUCAAAGAGCUAUAUAACAUCAACUAUACGCCUGAUCCCAAAUCCGGAAGCAAGAUCGGGUUUGGAAGUUUCCUGAAUCAGUCUGCUCGCACGCAAGAUCUUUCUCUUUUCCAGACAGCGCAAGAUAUUCCUCAGCAAGGAUUCUCCGUUCAGCUCAUCAACGGAGGUAUCAAUGAUCAAGCCAUCGACGACAACCAUGGAGAAGCCGAUCUUGAUGUCGAGUACAUAAGUGGAAUUAGCCACCCGCUUCCAAUUAUCAGCUUCAUCACUGGAGGAUCACCCCCUUUCAUCCCCAAUCUGGAUGAGCCGACUGCUGCAGACAACGAAAACGAGCCGUAUCUCAAUUACUACCAGUACCUGCUGUCGCAACCGAAUAGCGCGCUGCCAAACGUCAUUACCAACUCCUAUGGAGAUGACGAGCAAACUGUGCCGGAGAAAUACGCCAAGCGAGUUUGCUACAUGAUUGGCCAACUAGGUCUAAGAGGGAUCUCCGUUCUCGAAUCUGCAGGUGAUACGGGCGUCGGUGCACCCUGUCAAUCCAACGACGGCAAAAAGACACCACAGUUUACGCCUCAAUUCCCAGGCACAUGUCCUUACAUCACCGCAGUCGGCGGUACUCAAUCGAUCGAGCCCGAGAUCGCCUGGGUCGCCGGCUCCGGAGGCUUCAGCAAUUACUUCCCUCGCCCUGAGUACCAAGCAGCCGCGGUAUCCACCUACCUGAAUGACCACAUCAGCGCAGCUACCAAAGACUACUUCAGCGCUUUCACCAACUUCGCCAACCGCGGGUUCCCAGAUGUUUCGGCCCAUAGCUUGACCCCUGACUACGCCGUAGUAGUCAACGCAGCAGCCGAUCUCUCCGGUGGCACCUCGGCCGCAGCCCCUGUCUUCUCCUCCGUUAUCGCCCUUCUCAACGACGCCCGCUUCAGAGCCGGAAAGCCACCCCUUGGUUUCCUCAACCCAUGGCUGUACGCAAUCGGCUUCACAGGCCUCACAGACAUCACCGGUGGUCAAAGCGUCGGCUGCAACGGCAUCGAUGGCCAAACGGGGGCGCCGGUCCCAGGGGGCAGCAUCAUCCCGUACGCGAGCUGGAACGCAACGGAAGGGUGGGAUCCGGUCACGGGACUAGGCGUGCCGAAUUUCGAGAAGUUGUUGGCUCUGGCGCUGAACUUUUAG